AUGAUAAUGAAUUCGAAUGGCAUUGAAUAUGAAGAUGAUGACAGCCAGCAAGCAUACACUAGAGAGUUUUGGAUUGGUAUUGGUGUAUCAGUCAUUACCAAUUUAGUGCAGUCGUUUGCCAUGGCAUUUCAACGCAAAUCGCAUAUAUUAAAUGACACCGUCUAUCCAGUGGAAGCUCGAAAACAUGCACUCAAGAGACCUAUGUGGGUAAUCAGCUUUGCAAGCUUCUUGACUGCCAAUAUCAUUGGGUCUAUAUUCUCUAUUGGAUACCUUCCCAUUGUUAUCUUGGCUCCCAUCGGAGCUAUGGGCCUCGUAUUUAAUGCAAUUGCUGCGAAGAUUGUCUUGGGCGAUCCAUUCAAGAGAAAUACAGUCAUUGGUACAUUACUCAUUGUUAUCGGUGCAUUGCUUGUUGGUUUGUUUGGCGUCAUCCCUGAGCCAGACCAUGAUAUCGAUGACUUGAUAAGAUUGUACAGAAAGCCAGCAUUCAUUGCUUAUUUCAGCAUAUUAGAAUUUGUGAUCAUCACAGGUUUACUAACAACACAUUAUUUUGAACGAAUGUACUAUCUCAUGGAAUCAGCUGCUAUGCCUCCUACCAACAUGGGAAAAUUGAUCGGUAAAUGGGUCACUAUGGAGGAUUUGAAAAAGUAUUGCGGUAUCAGUUAUGGUGUUCUAUCUGGCAACAUCAGCAGCCAAAGUAUCUUAUUCGCCAAGAGUGGACUGGAAUUGAUCAUCUUGUCUGUUGUAUUUGAUAAAAAUCAGUUGCAAUACGCUCUAACAUGGAUACUUUUGGUGAUGAUGGUACUGACAGCCAUUUUGCAGUUGUAUUACUUGAAUAAGGGAUUGCAAUUGUGCGACACUGUCAUCAUGAUUCCUCUUUCAUCUUGCACAUUCAACGUAUCUUGUCUCUUCAAUGGUCUAGUCUAUUAUGAUCAAUGGAGCCGAAUUAUUUGGUGGCAUUUGCUGCUCGUCAUGUUUGGUGUAGCUGUAACUAUCUGUGGUGUCUUGCUAAUUUCAUGGAAACCAAGUACCAAAUUAUUGGAAGAGGAAAUCGACGUUGUGAACAGCGCCAUGGAUGAUUCGGAUGAUACUUUGUCUGAACAUACAACCUUGCUCGGUCCUCAUGUUAAAAAACAAGUUUCGUAUCAUACUUAG